UUUGUCUCGUCCCAUCCUCACCUUCUCUUCACCCCCUCUCUUCUGUUGUUUCCAAUAAAAUCCUUAUUCUUUAUCGUCUAUAUAGCUGCUUCUGCGGGACUCUUGACUCUAUUUUUUUUGCGUUCCAAAACCAUCCGUUCGGCAUCAGGUGCAUGAUUUGGCUUGGAAUUCCAUCUCUAUUCUGGCUUGAAUGAUAAAGCACCAUCUCACUUCUCUUUCGUCGACCUCUUUGCGCCUCUUCUCUGGAUCAUGUCGAACUAUCCUCUAGCUCCAGCAUCGGGGCUACCAUCCAACUAUCCACAAUGGCCUUCGUCGAAUUCCCAGUCAUCCGCCAUUCCGCCAUUAGUGUCGCCAAAUCCCUCCUUCCACCAGACUUCUCUGCCGCCGCAUCAACAACCACAGGGUUCGAUGGGUCGUUCGUUUGACUAUAACAAUGAGCUCAAUUUCAAUGCGAAUGCGCGUCUCCCAGGGCCCGGUGCAGCUGGGCCCUUACCAACGCCGCCGUUUCCGUUCAUGGGGACUUUCACACCUCCGCAAUUUCCACCUGGCGCCUUUUCUCCUGCUCAAAUGCCUCAGAUGCCCCCUUUGGGUUAUCCGCCCAUGCCCCUGCCAACCGCGUUCCAUGCGCCGCCGAGCCGUCCCUCAACCGGUGACUUCCAGACGAAUCAUUUCCACCCCCAGCCUACAACUACAUCCAACUCCUUGCAAGAUAUUGAUCGGGAAGAAGGCGAGCUCACCGAUAGGGAGGGCGGGUUGCCAGCACAGCAGAAGCCCGCGUUCAAUAGUGGACCCAGAGCUGCUCCGCCGGCAUCUCUAGGCGGUCAGCAAAGACCUUCCGCUCACGCGUCUAAAAUAUCAGCGGUUGACGGGGCGCAUGAUCCAGCAAUGGCAGGGCUUCCUGCACUCGACAGCUCUAAAGAUUCCGGUUCGAAAAUGUCAUACAAGCCAGCUUCUCGCGAUUCGAUGGACCUUGAAGAGGGCGAGACGUCUUCCUCCCAAUCUUCAUCGUCAAGCCGAGACAGUGGAUCGCCUUACAAUCCCCCAGUUUCCAUGAAUACCGAAGCAUUAGACAGAAUGGACGUCGAGCCAGCAGUUUCACCCAAUUUGACCACUGAGACGUUCACCGAGAAACAACCUGCCAAGUCGCCAGCACAACUUCGAAUUCAGGCGCAAGGUGCUCUGCUAGGAUUAGCUCCUCACAACAUCCGCUACAAUGAACUCGUUGGAGAAGGAAUCAAUCCCAAUGUUCUCAAACAGCUAUACGAAGAAGUUGGAAUCAAGAUUUCUACACCGCAACCAGACGCUGCACCAACCACAGGAUCCAACUUGCUGCCAGAUACCCAGCAGCGCGGAGGAGAGGCUCAAAUGGCAGAAACAUCGAAAUCUCAAAAGACUUGCGUACAGGUUGCUUUGCCUGGAGAGAACGCCACGUCACCUGUCUCCACCCCAGCGCCACCGAAGGAUAUGGCCAAGCCCAUGGAAAGAAAAGAGGUCAUUGCGCGUAUGCUUGCAGCCAAGGCUGCUAAGACUUCUGGGGCUUCUGAGUCCCCUCAAGCCGAUGAGCUUAAAGAAAGUCCAACGCAAGAAAGCUCCAGUGCUUCGCGCAUAGACAAUACGGAUCCAGCACCUCUAGGGGUACCUACCAAGGAGAAAGAGGUACGGGCCAAAGAGAAAAACAAGGCACAGACGGAGCUCGCCAGGCAGCGAAUCGAGCAGCUCAAAAAACAGGGUCUUAUGAGAAACCAGCAAAAGUCUCAACCAGAAUCUAAACCCCUGGAAAACGGACCAUCAAACGGCGAAAAUCAGAAUUCAGAUACAGCUGAUGAGGUUGCUGCAAUCCAGCACUCGCUUCCUGAACGACCUCCAGAUCCGGAGUCUGAUAUUUCCGCUCGUAUCCCUGGAUUAUUCAUGACCGAAUCAAAAGAAGAUCAGUCGCAAGACGCCUAUGUCACUCCUGUUCAAGGUCUUGUAAUCGACUCUACACCACAGCCCCGCGCCAAUCAACGCAAACGUCCUCGUGCAUCUGACUUCGACGAGCCUAUUUACCUCGCCAAAAACGAGCUCAACAACGGAGGGCAUUACACCGCUCCCGAACCAAGACUCAUUAUCGACAUCAGCGAUGAUGAGUUUUACGAUGAUAACGACGACGACGACGACGACAGCAUGGAUAUUGAGACAUCUACUGGAUACAUGUCCCGAGAUAAUGGCUCGACAGCUCCGGAAACGUCACUGCGAGCGUUAGAAUCACUCCCGUCUAGGCCAUUAUCAGCAAGCCAAGGCUUUUCCACCCCCCAGUCGAAUUCAAGGGGCGGUGACCAAGACCAUCUGCGAAGAAAAAAUCUCGAGAUUCAGGCAAUGCACCGACGUAUUGCUGAGCUCGAGCAACGAAAAAAGGCGAAACUCACCGUUAGCCGUACACAAUCUCCUCGCUCAGUAGAGCUACCAUUACCAACGCCUCCGGAACCUUCUGCUGCACAAGACACGGAGUCUUACAGCAUCGACCUUGCCGGUCCAGAUGAAGAAUUUACCUGUCCUGCCACUCAAAACGGACAUUCUCCUGGACAAGUUUCUUCUUCUACCAUGGAUAUCGCAUACUUUGAGAAGAUGAGAUCUAGAAUUUUACGGAAAAGAGAGAUUGAGUCUGGUGUCCCCGCAUUGGAUGCUGAAAUCCAUAAAUCUGAAACUAGGCUGGCGGACUUGAAAAGCGAAGAAGGAAAGGUUCUUCUCGAGAUUUCAAGAGGCAAAGAAGGACGCAAGCAGCUCCAGGAUGAAUUGAACAACAUCAACAUGGAACUGAAUGGUCUCACGCUGGACGAGGUUGAUGCGGCCUUGGUCCGGCUGAAGACAAACCCACCACAAGACAACACCACUCUUGAAGUCCCAUCACACGAACCGGCUACGUCCAAUGGAAAUGACCCGUCAGGCGUUGGAUCCACCAACGUUGGAGAUUCGAGUCAAGGGGAGAGCGUCGUCGAUCAAUUGUCUGGCAAGUCUGAUCAAGCUCUGUCGACUGUUUCGGCAUCCAAUGAAGUGCCCAGCAUGCCUAUGGAGACGCAAAGUCGAGUCGACUCCAGCCACGAAUCGUCUGCUGUGUCUUCAUCCGAGUCCGAAGGAUCCGCCAUGGACGAAUCCAGUGAUAGUGACAGCGAAGAUUCCAUGUCUAUUGACGAAGAUGAAUCUGAGGGACCGGAACCAGAACCUGUCUCGGAGUCGAUUCCACCCAAUGCGGCAAGCGAACCUCAAGAUAGCCAAGAGGGCGCAGAUCAACCGAGCGCAAAAUCCCAGCAUUCACCGCGCGAAGUAUCACCCGUCGUAAACACAGAAAACCGAACCAGUGUGGCUUCCGAAUCGGGCGAGGAGGUCGAAAUGUCCAAGGACGAUGAUUCCAGCGAGUCUUCGGGCUCUGAUGGAUACGAACCCCCCGAGCCCGAAACGACUGCCAGCCCUGCUAACUCCGUUUAUUCACCCCCUUUCAGCCCACCUCCUCCCGGCCCGAUAGAACCUAGUGAGGCUUCCAUGCCCACAGUGGAUCAGAGCAACCAAGCCGGUGAGCUGCUAACCACAAACGAUCAGGAAGUGGAUGUUGAGCCGCCAAAGGAACAUGUUCAAGUUGGGCUUCUGGAUAAUACGCGAGGAGCCGAGGUUCCGCAACGUAAAUUUUCACCGUAUGACAGUCCGUUGAAGCAUUUCAACGCCUAUCGAUAUCACCCCAACUACUCUGGUGACACUACACAAGGCUACCGUUCUUUAACAUACAGCCACAACAUUGACCCUAUGAAAUAUCUUUGUCCUUUCGAGGCCGCAGGGGGUGUCUGCAACGACCGAUCUUGUGAAUUCCAACAUUUCCGGGACAUGACUCUUAGCGGUGCGUCGACAACUUGAGCAAGCUACAUUCAACACCUUCCAGCCAUCUACCAGAUCUGACCCCCUUCUUUUCUUUGCCUUGCGCAUUUUGUUUCAGCAUUGAUGCUCGUCUUUUUCUUUGCUCCUCCUCCCUUUUUUCAAUUUCCCCGCUUUCCUUUCUCCCUAAAAAUCUCUGACUUUCACCACUCGCUUGUUACUUUGCUCUUUUCGGAUGCUGACGCACAGGAUUAUUAACAUGGACAGAUGACAAGAUCUUGGUCCAGAUGGGCUCCCUCCGCGAAGGCAAAACUCCUGAAGAAAAAGACCACUAUAUCGCUGGACUGAAACAGAUCAUCAACGACAUGCGGCGCGAUAAGGUGAAAGACUUCAAUACUGUGGCCACCGAGAUUGCCGCAUACCGUAGACGCUUCCUACAGGACCCUUCGCGAAUCUU